AAGUGCCCGGCGCCGGCACGCAGGGUGCGUGUGCACACACACACACACACACACCCUGCCACACGCCUGCACUGCACCCAGCCGCACCCACAUCAGGCCCAUGGCGGAGGCUGCGGGAGACCUGGGAUCCGAGGAGCGGGAGGAGCUGCUGCCCGAAGACUCCGCAGGGCUCACUACCCAGUGGAGUGUGGAGGACGGAGAGGAGGCCGCGUGGGAGCAGCACCAGCAGGAGCCGGGCAGAGAGCCGCGGGACCGGGACCGGGACCGGGACGAAAGCAGCCAUUCUCCGGAGCAGCCCGAGCAGGAGGCCCUCCUUGGCCGGAAGCCCUCAGCGGGCCCUGAAGUGGAUGAGGACGAGGGUUUUGGGGACUGGUCCCAGAAGCCGGAACUGUGGCAGCCACGCUGGGCGGGCGAGGCCCCCCAGAACGAGAGCCCCGAGGGGGGGCUGGCAGAGGACAGGCCCAGCCAGCGUCGCUGUGACAGCGAGGCCAGCGGUGGGCCAUGCCGACCCGACGUCCCCCUGGAGGACCUGCACCUGAGCCCGGAAGAGGCUGCUGGGGGGUCCCCGGGGGUGGCCGAGGACGAGCACCAGACAGGUGGACAACACAGGACCCCCAGCCCUCCACUCUCAGUGGGGACCGCGGAGCCCAGCUCACCUCCCCUGAGCCCCUCCAUCAAACUGGCUGACCGGACAGAGUCCCUGAACCGCUCCAUAGAGAAGAGCAACAGCGUGAGGAAGACUCAGCCGGCCCUGCCCAUCUCCACCAUUGAUGAGCGUCUGCAGCAGUACACCCAGGCCACUGAGUCUGCUGGUUGGACCCCGAAGGUGUCCCGCCAGACCUCCAUAGAGCUGCCCAGUAUGGCCGUGGCCAAUACCAAGAACCUGUGGGAGACUGGAGAGGUGCAGACUCAGUCUGCUGCGAAGACUCCCCCCUGUAAGGAUAUCGUGGCUGGAGAUAUGAGCAAGAAAAGCCUCUGGGAGCAGAGAGGAGGCUGUAAGACCUCCUCCACAGUCAAGAGCACUCCGUCUGGGAAGAGGUACAAGUUUGUGGCCACCGGACAUGGAAAGUACGAGAAAGUGUCUGUGGACGAGGGUCCGGCGCCCUAGGCUGCGGAGGCCACCUGUCUGGGUGCCAGCGGCAGCUCCCUCCACACCCAGGAGAGACUCCAGUCUCGUGCCGCCAUCAGCAUGGCCUGCCGGGCUCCUGCGACAGCUCCGCUCUCUGCCACCUCCUCUGGCUGCUGAACCUUCCUGCCUCUACCCCCCCUCAUUCUCUUGCCCCUGACUGCCCUGUCUGCCCCUCUCCUCCAGCGCCGGGAUGCUCACCUUGGGUGCCACAGGGCCCCUGGGGGAAGGCGGCCCAGGCCCCGGAAGACCCCUGGGCCCCCCACCGCCCCUGCCGCCCAAGCCGGGAAAAGACAACCUGCGGCUGCAGAAGCUCCCCACUCUGCCUCUUACGUCAGGGAGAAGGAUGAAAACCUAGGAUUGGCCACAAGAACUGCUUCCUAGACAACCCAGGAGCCCCAAGAAAGUCCAGAGGUCUGCCCUCCUCCACACUGAUCUGAGGGGCGCUUGUACUCGCGACGGAUGCUCAGAACUCUGUCUCUCCCCGACCCCACUUUCAGAUGCCCCCCAUCCCCCACCACAUUUUGUGUAAUAAAGCUCCUGGAAUGUUCCUCA